UGGCUUGCGUGGUACUGAGCCACGGCCUGGAGGGCGGCGUGUACGGGGUGGACGGGGGGGUGGUCCGGCUGAAGGAGCUCACUGACGUCCUGAAUGGGGUGCGGUGCGCCUCUCUGAGAGGGAAGCCCAAGCUGUUCUUCAUCCAGGCCUGCCAGGGCAACAAGAGGGAGCAGGCGUCCCCGUCCUGGCCAACAGACCCGCCCCCCCAGAGGUCAGCGCACAAACCGACAGACCCAGUAGCACUGGGGUCCCCACCCAGACGGACGGUCCCAGGAGUACUGGGGACCCCUGCAGCGACGCCGUGGAGGAGUGGAUACCCACCUCGGCAGAUUUCCUGACCGCCAUGGCUACCACUCCCUCCUAUCGCUCUAUGAGAGUCGAGGACCGAGGCUCCUGGUUCAUCCAUUCCUUGUGCCAGAACCUUGUGAAGUUGGUUCCUCGUGGCCAAGACUUAGCCAGGAUCCUGACGACGGUUCACAACGAUGUGGGCAAUAAGUCCAACCGCAUCGGCGGACGCAGACAGAUGCCCCAACAUCACACCUCUCUGCGGACACGUCUGGUCUUCCCCGUCCCUGAAGGCCCUCUUCCCAGUCCCUACAAACUAAGAGAUCAAGGGCCGGAUCUGUCUGAUAAGCAGCUCCUGGAGGUGGUCAAAACGCUGGGACAGGAGUGGGAGCAGGUGGCCAUCCACCUGGAGAUGGACGACAUCAAGGCAGACGGACAGACGGAUGUAGCCAUGCAGAAGCUGAAGAUGUUGGCGCAGUGGAGGCGCCGAAGACCACCAGGAGAGGCCACAGCUGAGGACCUGCUGAGAGCUCUGGAAGACCUGGAGGACCUACCGGUCCAGACUCUUGAGUUAUUGACAGGGGAGCUUCGAUGGGUCCGUUCUGCAUUUGUGCAGAGAGUUUCAUACCCAGUUAUCAAAGGUCUCCUGGAUGAUCUUUGGCAGCAGAAGGUGUUCAGUGCUGAGGAAAAGGACUUUGUGAUGGAGGGGCAGAGGACCAGAGCAGACCAAGCACGGUGUCUGAUCGACAUGGUGAUCGGUAAAGGGGAGAGAGCAAGUCAGAUAAUGAUUGAUUGUAUGAAGGUGAGGGACAAACACUUAAGCAUCACCCUGGGUCUGAUGUCUUAUCCUGCUGGGGGCCUCAAGGCGGAAGUAAAGCUAAAGAGGCUUUUUUCAAGAGCCAGAGACAAGAAAAUCCGCUCCGCAGGGCAGGAUCUGUCCAAUAAGCAGCUCCUGCAGGUGGCCGAAACACUGGGACAGGAAUGGGAGCAGGCGGCCAUCCACCUGGAGCUGAGCAUCACAGAUCUGGACGACAUCAAGGCAGACAGACAGACGGAUGUGGCCAUGCAGAAGCUGAAGAUGUUGGUGCUGUGGAAGCACCGAAGCCUACCAGGAGAGGCCACAGCUCAGGACCUGCUGAGAGGCCUGGAAGACUUGGAGGACCUACCGGUCGAGACUCGUCUGUUAUUGGAAGGGCGGGCUCUGUCCAAUGAGCAGCUCCUGAAGGUGGCCGAAACGCUGGGAAAGGUGUGGGAGCGUGCAGCCAUCCACCUGGACCUGAAGACCAAAGAUCUGGACGGCAUCAAGGCAGAAAAUAUGACUGUGAUCAUGCAGAAAUACAAGAUGUUGCAGCUGUGGCAGAGCCAAAGACCACUAGGAAAGGACAGAGCUCAGGACCUGCUGAGAGGUCUGGAAGACAUGGAGGACCUACCGGUCGAGACUCUUCACUUAUUGAGAGGGUUUGGUAGGAAUCAGGAGUCAUUCGGUAGCGGACAGGAGCAUCCUGGUCGGAUGUCCCCGUCUCUGCCCCUCGAAAUGCAUGAAGGCGACAGGGAGCUGGACAAAGUCUUUGAAACCCGCUCCCCAGGGCAGGAUCUGUCGGCUGAGCAGCUCCAGGUUGUUGCAAGAACUCUGGGAAAGAGGUGGGAGAAGGCGGCCCUCCACCUGGGGCUGAAGAACGAAGUUCUGGAGGACAUCAAGAAAGAAGAGAUAGCUGAGUUCAUGCAGAGACGGAAGAUGUUGCGACUGUGGAAGGAGCAAAGACCAGGAAAGGCCACAGCACAGGACCUCUUGAGGGGUCUGGAAGGGCUGAAGGUCCUACCGGACAAUACUCGUCGGUCAUUGGAAGGGUUUUGUGGGAAUCCGUCAUUCAGUAGCGGACAGGAAAGCUAUCCUGGUCCGACGUUCCCCAAAAUACCUUCCCACAAACCUCUGAUGACGUCAGGCAGUAGCGGACAGGGGAGCUUGUCCAAGUCUGAGCUGUCCGGCCCUGUGGACUCUGAGUCCUCACUUCCAUUUGCAAUGCAUGGUAGCACGCAGGCAGGUGAAAAAACCAAAAGGAAAAGCUGCAAUCGCUCACCAGGAAAGGCCAAAGCAAAGGACCCGGUGAGAGGUAUGAAGGGCCAGGAGGGCAUACCGGUCGAGACUCAUCAGUUAUUGAAAGACGUAGGGCAGGAUCUGACCGAUAAUCAGCUCCUGAAGGUGGCCGAAAAGCUGGGAAAGGAGUGGAAGCCGGCGGCCAUCUACCUGGGGCUGAAGCCCAAAGAUCUGGACGACAUCAUGGCAAAACAUAGAACUUUGCUUCAUGAUAAAUACAAGAUGUUGGUGCUGUGGAAGCACCGAAGACCACCAGGAAAGGCCAAAGCACAGGACCUGCUGAGAGGCCUGGAAAAACUGAAGGACCUACCGGUCGAGGCUCGUCAGUUAUUGAAAGAACUUGUGCAGAAUCGUUCUAAACCUGGUAAGAAGAAGAAGCCGUCAUGCAGUAGCGCACAGGGGAGCCAUCCUGGUGAGCUGUCCUCGUCUCCGCCCCUCAAAAAGCCUGCUAGUGACGGGAUGCUGGGACCUGUACAGAAUCGAUCUAAACCUGUUAAGAAGAAGCUGUCAUGCAGUAGCGGACAGGGGAGCCUUCCUGGUGAGCUGUCCUCAUCUCUGCCCCUCAAAAUGCCGGCUAGUGACGGGAUGCUGGGAAAUUUAUCCGACCCGACGGUGGGAAAGCCAAGAAAAUCAAAAAGAGGGGAGCUUCAAGGGAUCCAUUCUGAAUUUGUGAAGAAAGUUAAAAUCUCAGUUAUCAGAGGUCUCCUGGGUGACCUUUGGCAGCAGAAAGUGUUCAGUACUGAGGACAAAGACUCUGUGAUGGAGAAGGGGAAGAUCAAAACGGACAUAGCAAGGUGUCUGAUCGACAUGGUUAUCAGGAAAGGGGAGAAAGCAAGUCGGAUAAUGAUUGAUAGUAUGAAGAAGAGGGACCCUGACUUAUGCUCCACCCUGGGUCUGAUCGCUUCUCCUGCUGGUUUGGGACAAAUAUCCGAUAAGACGGUGGUAAAGCCAAGGACAAAAAACAAAGGGGAGCUUCAAAGGAUCCAUUAUGAAUUUGUGAAGACAGUUAAAAUCGCAGUUAUCAGAGGUCUCCUGGAUGACCUUUUGCAGCAGAAAGUGUUCAGUACUGAGGACAAAGACUCCGUGAUGGAGAAGGGGAAGAUCAAAACAGACCGGGCAAGGUGUCUGAUCGACAUGGUUAUCGGGAAAGGGGAGAAACAAAGUCGGAUAAUGAUUAAAAGUAUGAAGAAGAGGGACCCUGACUUAUGCUCCACCCUGGGUCUGAUCUCUUCUCCUGCUGGUGUGGGACAAAUAUCCAAUAAGACGGUGGUAAAGCCAAGGACAAAAAACAAAGGGGAGCUUCAAAGGAUCCAUUCUGAAUUUGUGAAGACAGUUAAAAUCGCAGUUAUCAAAGGUCUCCUGGAUGACCUUUUGCAGCAGAAAGUGUUCAGUACUGAGGACAAAGACUCUGUGAUGGAGAAGGGGAAGAUCAAAACGGACAUGGCAAGGUGUCUGAUCGACAUGGUUAUCGGGAAAGGGGAGAAACAAAGUCGGAUAAUGAUUGAAAGAAUGAAGAAGAGGGACCGUGACUUAUGCUCCACCCUGGGUCUGAUCUCUUCUCCUGCUGGUGUGGGACAAAUAUCCAAUAAGACGGUGGUAAAGCCAAGGACAAAAAACAAAGGGGAGCUUCAAAGGAUCCAUUCUGAAUUUGUGAAGACAGUUAAAAUCGCAGUUAUCAAAGGUCUCCUGGAUGACCUUUUGCAGCAGAAAGUGUUCAGUACUGAGGACAAAGACUCUGUGAUGGAGAAGGGGAAGAUCAAAACGGACAUGGCAAGGUGUCUGAUCGACAUGGUUAUCGGGAAAGGGGAGAAACAAAGUCGGAUAAUGAUUGAAAGUAUGAAGAACAGGGACCGUGACUUAUGCUCCACCCUGGGUCUGAUCUCUUCUCCUGCUGGUGUGGGACAAAUAUCCGAUAAGACGGUGGUAAAGCCAAGGACACAAAACAAAGGGGAGCUUCAAAGGAUCCAUUCUGAAUUUGUGAAGACAGUUAAAAUCGCAGUUAUCAAAGGUCUCCUGGAUGACCUUUUGCAGCAGAAAGUGUUCAGUACUGAGGACAAAGACUCUGUGAUGGAGAAGGGGAAGAUCAAAACGGACAUGGCAAGGUGUCUGAUCGACAUGGUUAUCAGGAAAGGGGAGAGAGCAAGUCGGAUAAUGAUUGAAAGUAUGAUGAAGAGGGACCCUGACUUAUGCCCCACCCUGGGUCUGAUCGCUUCUCCUGCUGGUGUGGGACAUACAUCCGACAAGACGGAGGUAAAGCCAAGGAAACAAAAUAAAGGAAAUGGAGGCCUGAAAAGAAAUGGAAGUAAAUCAGAAGAAGUGGCCAAUAAGAAACCUUGCACGGUUGAUGUGUCAGACAGCAUCACUGAAACCCACUCCACAGGGCAGACUCUGACUGACAAGGAGCUCAUGAAUGUGGCCGAUACGCUGGGACAGGAGUGGGAGCCGGCUGCCAUCCACCUGGAGCUAACGACCAAAGAUUUGGAUGACAUCAAGGCAGAACAUAGACCUGUGGCCAUGCAGAAGCUGAUGAUGUUGGUGCGGUGGAAGGGCCGAAGACCACCAGGAAAGGCAACAGCACAGGACCUGCUGAAUUGUCUGACUGACCUGAAGCACCUACCGGUCGAGACUCAUCAGUUAUUGACAGAAUUGAUGAAGUGCCAUAGUGAACUAGAUGGCUCCGUCCAAAGAAAACAGUGAAGAUAUAUGCAGAAUUACCUGAAACAGUGAAGCUGUCUGUGAAUGCAUCCUGGUCGUUGGGAUACGGCCAGAUGAUGACGACAGAAAGACUAUUCAAAAGUGUAAGCUCUUGUCGAGUCCAUCUUUACCGUAUAAACUGUCUAAAUGGCACAAUUGGUCAUGCAGCUUUGCUCCACCAGUGGUCAAGAUGCACAUACUCUGCCAAGGCAUUUUUGAAGUGUUGGCAUCAGUUGCGACCCUGUGGUGUGUUAAUGUAACCUGACUCGCGACCACAGAGGAAUUUCGUUCCAACUAGCACCACUCAUCCAUCUGGGAUCGCUCCCAGAUUUGGGGACCAGAUUUAAUGGUCGAGCCAAUCAGGACUGUCGGGCGGGAUUUGUAUAUAUGUGACGUAGCGGACAAGGGACUGUUUUGAUUCAGACAACAAUGGCGGCUCGCAUCGAGGAGGCAAGCGUCAACAUUGAUGAUGCUAUUUCAUCCGUGUUGUUCAAUCUAGCGAAUAUUCUUUCGUUAAAAGAACAUCAGAGAACGCUCUCAUCAGCGUCACGGGUUGGUUUCGAUGUGAAUGGUUGAAGUAGCACGUCAAUAAAGACGGCGGACAAGUGGUUUAUCCAAUCAAGGAUUUUUGUUAUGGCCCAUCCUUCUAAAACACCUCUCCAAUGGAUUGAUCAUACAUGGAUGAGUGGAGCUAGGUGGAAAGAAUUCAUCGGGCGAGAGUCAGGUUAGUGUUAUCGGCCACUUCCACAGAAAUUCAAAAUAUAGACCGAUUAAUUAAAUUCUGUACUUUUACAUUACAUCUAUUUAGCUGACACUUAAGUGCAAAGCAACUUACAGUAAUUGCAUUCCACAAUGGAAGAUGAAACCCAAAAAGCAGGAAUCAUGCAAGUACAUGAAAUGCGUUCAAUAAGGGAGCUUCUUUAAUUGCUAUAUUACAGAAACGAGAGAUGAGUUUUCAGUCUGCAGUCUUUUUCCAAAGUCUUGACCUUGUAAAGUAAUUAUUGAUAUCAUGUUUAGAAUAGAUCCUCCUUCCUCUGCUAGUACUAAGCUGUUCCCCUCAGGUACCUCCUAUAGACAGGUAUAGAGGUGGUUGUGAUCACUGAAACAACUUUUUUCUGAACAUUUGUGUUGACAUAGUGCCAAAGCAAGAUAAUGAUUAUUUUUAACAAUCCACUACGAUUGUGUCAGUUCAUUGUUUUUAUAUAUAUAUUAUGUUAACUUUCUGAGCCCGAGCCAGGAAGGUUCAGACGUCUGUUUGGGGAAAAAUAAAAGUGGUUUGUGGGAAAGGC